AUAUAUCCAGGUUAUCGUGGUAAAAUGUCUAUAAAAGGUGACAAUAUGCCAAAUAAAAAGUCCGUCCUGUGGGCUUAUUUUUUCUGGUUGUUUGGUGGAAUAUUUGGAGUUCAUCAUUUUUAUUUACGAAGAGACAGACAUGCCUUUGUAUGGUGGAGCACCCUCGGAGGCUUUGGCAUUGGGUGGUUAGGCGAAAUAUUCCGCAUACCACGGUACGUGAGAGAUGCUAAUGAGGACCCUAAGCACAUGAAGGAACUGGUGGGUAGAAUGCUGAGUAAUAAAAAGCCUCCAUUCUCGAUGAAUCGUUUCACCGGAAUGCUAAUGGUGGGUUACUCCUGGGGUCAGAUGAUGAUGCUCGCCGUGCCACCAGAUGAGUUCUGGGGUCUCAAUCUGAGAUAUCUGAACUACCUAAUACCAUUGGUUGCCGCUCUUGGUACGUGGACUGUUGGGAACAUUGGUCGUGAGGAAGGCAGUCUCAAGUGGCCAGUGUUAGCUGCGUAUGCAGCUUAUCCCAUCCGUUACUACAUAUAUGAUGAGACCGUCUGGUUCACAUUAAUGGUGUUAGCCUCUGCAUUCGCCUUCGACACCUUCUCCAAGCAAUGGCGAAGGACACCGAGGAGACAUAGCCUGUUAAAACGCGCGUCAGUGUUGGGAGUAUGUGCGUGUCUCUACUUGUCACUAUGGUGCGGUUACCUGUACUUCCACGGCACGAUCACCGACAGUGAUGGUGAUGAAAUACCCAUCUACGAAGCUCUUCAUCAUUUCACUACCAGUCCUUGGUGGCUCGAUGUACAACAAUGUUUGUACGAUACAUACCAAUACGCGCAGCACCACGGCUGGUACGAGGUUUGGAAGCAAAUUAUUGAACUAUCUGACCCUCAUGGCGAACAGAACGCUUACAAAGUGCUCGGCCUCGGACCGGAGUCUACUCAGCAAGAGAUCACAUCGACAUGGAGGCGCUUGUCGCGAGAAAAUCACCCGGACAAAGUGAAGAACGAAAGCCUACGCAGGGCAGCACAAGAACGUUUUAUGGAAAUACAGCAAGCAUAUGAGAUACUCUCUAACAGUAAGCAUAGGAGGAAUAGACGGAACAAAAAGGAUAAUACUGAGCAAUACAGCGGACGUUAACAUUAUCAUUUCAGGUAGUUACAUGUAGAGCACUUAAAUGAAGUAAUUUAUUUAAUUUAUCAAACUACCGAGACACAUUAGUAUAAAUAAGUUAUAAAUUUCAUAAGACAAUGAUUAUCUGACAUUACUGAUUCUGUAUUAUAUUAUUAAAUU